GGGUUAAAGCGGCGUGGUGCGAGGCUAUUGGCCAGGUGGCAAACUCCGAGUCAGUGAGUCACCAACCCGGGAGUUGCCAUUGUGUGUACAUGUAAAACCUCGCGAGUCGGUGACUCACCAAACUCUUCUCUCUAUUUCUUUCUGAAAUUCUCAAUAGAAAAAUCCAAAUUUGUUGCUUGUCCCUUUUCUUUGGUUCCCUUUUUGCAUGGCGCUGUCACAACUUUCUUAGCUCACUCAAGUUCUCUCUCUCUCUCUCUCCCUCUCUCUCCCUCUCUCUCCCCCCCCCCUCUCUCUCUAUCUGGCCGUUUCCUCUUCUUCUUCCUCAAUGAUCUCAACUGGGUUUACACUAAUUUCUCCAAGUCACUGACUUUCCAUCUGGGUUUUUACUUUACUCCAAAACGCAACUGGGUUUUUACUGGGAGGUGAUCAUGGGUUCAGGUUCGCACUGGGAUGCUGAAAAAAUGUUUAAUCUGUAUUUACAUGACUAUAUGGUGAAAAAAAAUAUGCACGAAACUGCUGCAAUUUUCAGGGAGGAGGCUGAUGUUUUCAACCAUCCUGUUGUCAUUAAUAGUCCAGACGGAUUCUUGCACGAAUGGUGGUCUUUGUUUCAUGAUGUGUAUGCCCUUCGGCACUUAGAGGCUCAAGAGGCCAAGGCGGGACCGUCUGCAACUGAGGCUAAGCAAAUGCGAGAGAAUGAAGGACAGAAUAAGCGUCCAAGAGCGGCACGUAAAGCAACCACCCCACCGAAGCCUCCGCAAUUUUAUGAGGGUACUAGUUCAAGGUCUGUUGCAACCAGAUCAAGCCAUAUGCAGCCAGAACUUCCCAAUCACGCUCAACAGCAGGCACAGGACAACAGAAGCUCGGGCAGGGCUGUCACUGAGGACCCUAGGCUUUAUGGAUUGCGUCGUACCACAUUGCCAGUAACUGAAGAUCUGGAUUCAGGUAUGCUUGCAGUCAAUCCUGGAACACUUCAUGGGAGGCCUUUAGAAGUAUUAAACUCAGCCUUGCAGGCUCCAAAUCAUAAGCAACACCAGGCUUUGAACCAUCAGAAACAACAGGCUUCGAAUGAUCAGCAAAAACAGGGUCCAAGCCAUCAGCAACAGAUUCAGACGUGGACAACAGAACAUCAGUAUCCGUGUUUGGAUCAGAAUGGCAGACAGAGGAAGACGGCACUCCAUUUGAGAACUGGAGGCAGCGCUUUGGACGAAAUGAAUGCUAAUGAAGAAAUACCUGUGGAAGAAAAUGCCAAAUCUUUCUUGUCCACUGGUGAUGACAACGUUGAUGGUACACGCACUCCUUUCAGAUUUUUAAGACGUCGUGCUACAGCUUGCAACAAAAAUGAACAAAAAGGCUUCACAUUUGAAGAAGUUGGUUCCCUCCACUCAAGCAAGUCCAAGGUUGUAUGCUGCCAUUUUUCAUCAGAAGGGAACUUGUUAGCUAGUGCAGGGCAUGAGAAAAAGGUUCUGAUUUGGAAUAUGGAAACUUUUGAUUUUGUUAAAACUUCAGAAGGGCAUUCUCUUCUCAUUACAGAUGUACGGUUUCAACCAAACUCAACCGUUUUUGCAACUUCUUCAUUUGAUAAAACUGUGAAGAUAUGGGAUGCAUCAAACUCGAGCAGAUCAUUGUCCCAGCUUGUAGGGCACUCUGAGCAAGUAAUGUCAGUGGAUUUCCACCCAAGGCAGGUCAAUCUCCUUUGCUCAUGUGAUAGUAACGAUGAAGUUCGACUUUGGAAUACCAUCCAAUGUACUUGCACACGCUUGUUUAAGGGAGCAACUAAACAAGUCAGAUUCCAGCCUCAAUUUGGAAAGUUUUUGGCUACUGCUUCAGGAAAAGAUAUCAAUAUAUUUGAUCUUGAGACCGGACGGAUUGAGUUGUUCUUGACGGGAUCCGGACACGCCAAAGAUAUUCUUUCACUUUGCUGGGACCCCACUGGGAAGUAUCUUGCCUCUGUUAGUGAAGAUAGUGCAAGAGUUUGGUCUCCUGCGUCAAACGGGAAAUGCAUAUAUGAACUGAAAUCAAAUGGCAACAAAUUCCAAUCAUGCACAUUUCAUCCCGGAUAUUCACUGCUCUUGAUUAUUGGUGGUUACCAGACCCUUGAGCUGUGGAGUCCAAGCGAGAGCAGCAAGACACUGACAGUUCCGGCGCACCAGGGGAUAGUUUCUGCUCUGUCAGCAUCCGCGAAGACUGAAAUGGUUGCCUCAGUGAGCCAUGAUCAGUGUGUGAAGCUAUGGAAAUAAGACCUUUCACUGUGAAAGUGCAGCUGCAUGAGAAACUAUGGAGAAUAUGUAAAUUGGGAAAUCAAGAACAAAGCCAAAUAGUAUACACAGGAGUUUUAAAGCGUUGGAUUCUGUGAACUUUUUGAACAAGUUUGUCUGAGACUGGAUCUUCAACCCUUCGUUGGCCGGUGCAUGCCAUACGCGGGAGUGGUUGAAUUUUUGUAUAGGAGGGAGAAGGUACUAAUUUGUGCCCUCUGGUCUCCGAUACAGGCACAUUUGCACUCUCAAAGUUACAAAUUCGAUGUAAAUGUUUUGGACCAACAUGGCGAGUGUUAAAUAGAAAUCCGCCAAAGUUGCUUAUGUUAUAUUAUAUUAUGUAGUUUUUGAGUUUAAACAAGUUCAUAAUUUCCAAGAGAGGAAUGCUAAGGAGACUCUAAAAAAGGGACUCUCUAUGAACUCGUGAGCUCAUGUUUUUAGCACAAUAUUUAUAAUAUUGAUAUGGGAAUUGACGUUAAACUGUAAGGUGGCAAAAAG